GGAAGAGGCCGAGGUGCGCGAAGACAUUGUGCUGUCCCGAAUGAAAUUCGGGCCACAAUUAUAGAUCAUGUCAUAAACCAUGGCCUCACAAUGGCAGAGGCAGGUCGUCGAGUGCAGCCUAAUGUGCCUUGCUCUACAGUCUCCUCCAUCAUCCAAACCUUUCACAGGGAAAACAGGAUUGGACGACAACCUCAUGUGGGUGGCAGAGGAAAACUGCUCAAUGAACAACAGGAAAGAGAUUUGUAACAUGGUGAUGGCAAAUAAUGCCAUCACAUUCAGACAGAUCCGUGAUGCCAUCCUUCAGGACAAUCAUAUAUUCCAGAAUAUAAACACAAUAAGCAUCUCCACAAUAGACCGGGUUUUGAAGAAGCAUCAGAUGACAAUGAAACAAAUCUACAGGGUACCAUUUGAGAGGAACUCUGACAGAGUGAAGGAGCUGCGCUACCAGUAUGUAAAUAGAAUAAUGGCAUUGGAAGGACAUGAGACCCCUCACAUCCUGGUGUUCGUGGAUGAAGCUGGCUUCAACCUGGCCAAGGGCCAAAGACGUGGCAGUAAUAUUAUUGGCCACCGGGCCACAGUGGAUGUCCCAGGUCAGCGAGGGGGCAAUAUAACUAUGUGUGCUGCCAUUUCUGAAAAUGGUGUGGCCACUCACAUCCCCAGUCUUGGCCCAUACAACACACACAAGCUCCUCAUCUUCUUGGAUCGCCUUUAUACCGAUUUUAUCCCUGAAAAUAAGAGUGGUCUCAUAGGGCCUCACUUACCCAUUUAUGUAAUUGUGUGGGACAAUGUCAAUUUCCACCAUAACCCACUCAUUAGGGGCUGGUUUGCAGCGCAUCCAAGGAUGGUCAUGGGCUUCCUACCACCUUACUCUCCUUUCCUCAAUCCGAUAGAUGAGUUUUUCUCUGCUUGGAGGUGGAGAGUGUAUGAGCAUCAUGCUCAGGAUCAGCCGUCCCUGCUCCAUGCUAUGGACGCAGCGUGUGACGACAUUACAGGAGAUCAAUGCAGGGGAUGGUUGUGGCAUGCACGCCGUUUCUUCCCUCACUGCAUCGCAAGAGAAAGUAUCCGCUGUGAUGUGGAUGAGAAUCUGUGGCCAGACGGACAACAGCGUGUAAAUAAUCAGGAAGGGAGACAGUGGACAAGAGCGGGAGAAUGA